UCGACGCUCGACCUGACCGACCCCAACAGUCACGCGCUGGACGCUCUUAACGAGGUCCUGGAUCAACUCCCGCUAUCCAUUGAGUUCUGGGCCCUGAGCCACACCACCGGGAUGGUUGGGAUGACUCUCGACAUGGGACUGGCGGAGUUAGCCGAGAUGGGGUUGGUGAGCUAUGGGAGCGACGGUGCUAGAGGGAGGGAUGCCAAAGUGAAUAUCAAUGUUACAAUUACGGGGUUGGAUUAG